GUUGCCUUGUUGAGGAACAGCACAUCCCGACCACAGAUACAUUGUAUCGCUCUUAGUUAUCACUUCACAUGCUUCCGUCUCUCAUCCAAAGUUUUCCUUCCUCGUAAAUAAACCAAAUGUGCAGUCAAAUUGGUAUACAUCGACAACGAACAUAAUGACUGACCAACAAGAUAUGAUGGAGAGAGGGGUGAUUGGGGCACAUCUGGAUACCGAUGAAAUCAAGGUAAUUGUAACAGAGGAUCUCUCACCAAAGUCAGCAGAGAAAGAUUGCUAUCAUGGUACAAACUACGCUAUCAGUAACCCAGCAGUGAAGCCACAGUCUUCAUCAUUAUGGAGAUUUUGGAAAAGUGGAAAAUCAGUGUCGAAUGAGGGUCAGGCUGAAGACCAGAUGCAAGACGAGCUCGAAAGCCCGACUUAUAUAGGAGGAUUCAUUGUCAGAAACUAUGAGAUGCGUCGGCUGGAGCUCAAACUUGAUAUUUUGGAUGAAGAACACAGCAUGAACAACCCAAAUAUUCUGACAUCGACGAGCAGCGACGAUGCCGCGAGCCAGGCGCAAAAAGAGAUUCUGGCUCAAUUAGAGGUGGUUUUCAAUGAAUACGUGACCUUGUUGACCAAGUCACGCGAGCUUACAAGCUUCGGCUGUCCUAGUCGUGAGGACUUCGAAGAACUGUAUGCAUUUUUCAAGUCGGAUAAACCAGUCAUCCCCACCGAGGUAUACAUACGUCAUGUAGAAGAUUUAAUGUCUUUGAAAACAAAGGAGAAGGAGUCCUGGCUUGAAACUCGACUUUGGAAUGUUCUGCGGAACAACAAUCAGAGCGCUUUCCUACGGUACCUUUUCUCAACAUCGGCCCAAGCCAAGAAAUCAGAUCCAGCAAGUGGCGUCGUGAUCUGGAGCCGGACACGUAUGAACAAGUUCAAUUUAUGUGUCAUCUUGACAAUGAUACUCAUACACUUCGUCGCUCCAGUAUACUCACUAUGGUACAUGGCGCGGAAGAAGCAAACCAACUCAUCAACAGCUGUUAGCGUUGCAGUCCUGCUGGUGUUUACAUGUACCUUGACCGCGGUGCUAUCUCAGUUCACAACAGCCAAGAGACAUGAGUUACUGUCGUCUGCAGCUGCUUACUGUGCGGUUUUGGUCGUAUUCAUUGGCAACGCGGGGCAAAGCACAGGGGGCGGAAAGAGCUGAAUAGGACUGACAAAGCACCAAAACAGUGUGAGAGGUUCAAAAAGUACGGGUAGCAGAUUAUGGUUUCAGACGUAAAAUUGUUCAUCAUCAUCAAAUGAGCUUAAGGUCUCGCAACUGGUCGGUUUUGUUUCUAUUGUAGGCAUUAUUAGCAGAUGUCUCUUUUGGGAGACUGG